AAAACAGGAAAAGAGGGCAGAGUGAAGAUGCGAAGAAACAGAAAACGAAAAUGGGAACUAAGUGUUGAAAAGACUUCAAGUGAUUAAUUUAAUUAAUAUUCAUUUAUGAAAGUAGAAGUAAGGAAGAAGAAGAAAAGGGAAACAAAGAAAAAAAAAGGAUAAAAAGGACUAGAAUGUAUGUAUGUACAAUACAAAAAUCAAAAAGUGCAAAAGGCGAGACGCGAGGCCAACCGUGCGAGUUGGACCCCGCGGUACACAGAAGUCUCGGGAGUCCUUGGGCACGCCGGAGAAAUUAGAAAGAGAAAGAGAAAGAGAAAGAGAAAGAGAAAAGGUGAGAAGGAUAUCUCGUGAAAAGAAGUUACACCGAGUAAGGAAAAACGUUUUUUUGAGUUCCCAAAAACCAGGGACGAGGGAACGGGAAGGUACAAUAAUAACAAUGAAAAAGCUGCGUGGGGGUAUUUUCGCAGCGGUUCUUGCCAAGAAACAGCACGCGGGGGGGUGGGGGUGGGUUUAUUUUUGGUUUCCAAGGACGCCUUCCCAAAAUACGCGACACCUAGGGAAAAGGAGAAAGUGAAAAGGAGAAAGAAGUAAAAGAAGAAGAGGAAGAAGAAGGGUGGAAAUAGUUGAACACUAGCCGCUUCCGGUCCAAAUCGAAUUGCCUCUAAGAAAAGGACAAAACAAAUGUGGGGCUGAAU